AUGGUGAACCAUUCUCAGUUCCCCCAGCAGGGCCGCUAUAUGCACCCUAAUCUCGGUAACGUUUCGCCCACUUCGCCGACCGCGUUCACUCCGCAUAGCCAUGGACAGCCUGGGGAUCUCGCUAUGUCGUCAGUUUUCACAUUCCCACCGAUGGCGGCGUCAAGCAACAACGAGUUGAUGGGUGAGCUGCAGUCUUUGGUUGGUAGCCAUAGCCAGCAAGAUGUAUUGCACUCCACGUAUCCUAGGAUGAAAGACCGAGGAGGGCCUUGGAACCCCUUGAGCGUGGCGAGGCAGUCAGUGGGUUUAUCGUAUCCCCAGGCUAUCCCAAAUUUCACCGGGUAUCGAAGCGUUGCGCCUUCGGAGAUCGAUACUAUCAGUCAAAGCGCGAAAAAUCCGACCGACUCUGGGUAUGGAAGCCACACCAAACUAAGCAUUGGAAAUGCCUCAAUCCUCAGUGGCGAUAUGGAUUCAACCUUCGAAACGCAAAACAUCACCUUUCGCAUGCAGGCGAUGCUGGGCCGAGAUGACGUCUCCAUGAGUGGAGAGAGUUGGGGGCGGGACUCACGAAGCCAGAGACCUGGGGUGCCGGGAUCGCGGACUACCAAGAAGCUCGUUUGUCCAGUGUGCCAUGAUUCGGUCAAGACUCGCUCGGAGUUGACCAAACACGAGGCCAGACAUAAUAAGCCUUUCAAAUGUCCCGUUCAAGGCUGUGCGAAGGCGGAUGGAUUUGGCACCAAAAACGAUCUUGAUCGUCACAAGAAAUCCGUGCACAAGAUGGUGACAGGAGAUGAGCAUGUGUACCGUUGCAAUUUGGGAGCCUGUUCGGACCGAGGCAAGGAUUGGCCUCGCGCCGACAACUUCCGGCAACAUCUGAAGAGAAAGCACCAACUUACGGAUGUGGACUUGAAGCAGUUCACCUUUUUGAGCACACCGGUACAACAAGCCAGCCAUGACGCAAUAUCAAUGGAGACCACUAGUGCGGGUGCGUCCUUGAUGGCGAGUCCAACGUCGCAGAUGGUUUGGCAAAAGCCCGAUGACACCACUAUCGCAUCCGACCACUCGUUUUCCAAUGAAAACUCAGGGCCGGCCGAGACGACCGACGAGCUGUCGUAUCGGCAACCCAUUUCCAUGGGGAUCUACUUGUCUCAAAACCAGACACAAAACCCUAGCCUCGCUACCGCUCAUGAACUGUCUCUUGCUCACGUCGGUGUUUCUGGGUCGUCUACCCAAACUGGGGAAGCUUCCAUCGAACGGCCCUCGCAAGAGCAGCGCCAAUUGGAAUGUAUCUCUCCUAAUGUUUUGACACAACCCGCCGCGGGAAUCGGACUUCUCGAUCAGUUCGAGACCUCGGAACAACCGAUGGACUUGGACGUGAGCCCCACGCCAAGCGUCCCCCCUGGAGAGUUUCAGUCUGAGGUGGAUGAGCUAGAGUCAAGGAUGCAGGAGGAACUGGGCGGCGCCAGCGAGUUAGCGCAUACAUCGGUCUCCGAGGAUGGUCUCUGUAGAGACCACGACGACGAGGACGACGACGAACCUUUGGAUGACCUGUCAGAUGCUCGUUCCACCAUUCUCCGCAACACUGGUGCCCAGUACAUUAAAGCAGACGUUGUCUCUGCGCGAUCGUCCCCUUCUCAUAUACUCCUAGGAACCGAAACACCCCGACCGAUUGACCUCGAUGACGAGACACAGAUGGCCGCCGUCAUUCGGAGGUUGAUCGAGAAGGGCGAGCUUGAAACAAUGCUGAAGAAGUGCGGAUACCCAACAUCAAUCGAGGCCAAAGCAGACAAGCCCCAAACCCCAACGACUGUUUCUACGGCUACAAGCAAACCGACUCGCACAAAGAACAAAUGCGAAGUAUGCGGGAAAUUCUUUCACCGACCUUGCGAGCUCAAGAAACACCGCAAGCGUCAUGCGAAGCCCUACUCGUGCACCUUCCCCAGGUGUGAGAAGAGUUUCGGAAGCAAAAACGACUGGAAGCGCCACGAAAACAGCCAGCACAUCCAGGAUGAGAUUUGGCGCUGUACCGAGGAGCCCAUCGACCGCCCCGGCCAACAGGAGUGCGGUAAGGUUUGCUAUCGCCGCGAGUCACUCAAAUCGCACCUCACAAAGGACCACGGCAUUCACGACCUAGUCACGCUCGACAAGAAACUGGCCGAGUGCCGAAUGGGCCGUAACUUUGAGUCGCGCUUCUGGUGCGGUUUCUGCCAAAAGACGAUUGAGCCAACCGGCAGGGGCGGUCCUGUCCAUAGCGAGAGGUUCGAUCAUAUCGAAAACCACUACAAUGGCCGAGACGGGUUGGAGAAAGUCGACAUCAAGGAUUGGAAGUAUAUCGAGAAUGACCAGGGCGAGUCGCCCACCACCUCCACUCACGCCUCUGCCCACGUCUCUGCUCGCGCUUCUGCGAACCCCUCGGUCGCCGCCACGCCGAACGUCAGCGCUACUACACCUUUGCCGGCGUCGCGGACGCAAGGGAAACAGACCGACAAGCUAAACAAGAGGAAUAAUGAGGGGAGCGGAGAGGAGGGCGCACCGAAACCAAAGCGGCUCAAGGAUGGGAAAGAGAAGUACCGUUUUUGGAUUUGCGUAAGUUCCCUCGUCCUCAACGCUAUCAUAACAACGCAUCAACCCUUACGUGUGUGCUUGAGCUAA